CCCUCGCCCUACCGACCGACCGCCGCCAUGCCUUCCCACGGAGAGCGAAACAUGGAGCACGGAAACCAGGCCUAUGCCGCCACCUUUAACCAAGGCCAUCUGGCACUUCCACCCAGCCAGCGGUACCUAAUUGUCACCUGCAUGGACGCCAGAAUAGACCCCACUGCGGCUUUUGGCAUACCACUCGGAGCCGCCCAUGUUAUCCGGAACGCAGGGGGGUCGGCACGCGACGCCUUUCGAUCCAUCAUCAUAUCACAGCAACUGCUCGGCACAAGAGAAGUCAUGAUCGUCAAGCACACCAACUGCGGCAUGCUCACAUUCGACAACGCAACAGCAAAGUCGGUCGUCCUGAAGAAGCGGGGCGAGAUAGCGGCAAGAGAAGUCGAGCAAAUGGACUUUCUGCCUUUCCAUGAUAUCGAGAUUCAGAUUAAAAAGGACAUCCAGUGGCUGCGCAUCAAGGCGGUAGAAGACAACAUCCGCUUCAGCGGCUGGAUCUACGAUGUCGAAUCGGGCAAGACGAAGAGGAUAGUCUGAUGUUUUUUCCCUAUAGUUUCGGCGAGCCAGGAAGAUAUACCCAGAUGAAUGUACAACAGUCUCCUAGACGUUUCUUCCUUGACAUUGGAUGGGCGAGGCAUUACCGGCGUUAAGUGUGUACACGUUGCCUAUUAUAGACUAGCUUCUCAAUUGCUGCCGACAUCACAGGUCAGGGCCUUUCAA